GAGGACGCGCUCUCGGUCGCUGAGUGCCAGAGCUAGGGAGCAGCAGUUGCUGUGGUACCUGCUGCUACCGGGGUGGACGCUGAGCAUCGGACGCGGGGCGCUGCGCUGCGGGACGGGAAGGUGAAGUCAUGACGUCCUCCAGUGAAAAUGUGCUAUUUGGAAUGGGAAAUCCUCUUCUUGACAUUUCUGCUGUAGUAGACAAAGAUUUCCUGGAUAAGUAUUCUCUGAAACCAAAUGACCAGAUCUUGGCUGAAGACAAGCACAAGGAAUUGUUUGAUGAACUUGUAAAAAAAUUCAAAGUUGAAUAUCAUGCUGGUGGCUCUACCCAGAAUUCAAUUAAAGUGGCUCAGUGGAUGAUUCAGGAGCCACACAAAGCAGCAACAUUCUUUGGAUGCAUUGGGAUAGAUAAAUUUGGGGAGAUCCUGAAGAGUAAAGCUGCUGAAGCACAUGUGGAUGCUCAUUACUACGAGCAGAAUGAGCAGCCAACUGGAACCUGCGCUGCAUGCAUCACUGGUGGCAACAGGUCCCUUGUUGCUAACCUUGCUGCUGCCAAUUGUUACAAAAAGGAAAAGCAUCUUGAUCUGGAGAAGAACUGGAUGCUGGUGGAGAAGGCCAGAGUGUACUACAUAGCCGGCUUUUUUCUUACAGUCUCCCCGGAGUCAGUAUUGAAAGUGGCCCACUAUGCUGCUGAGAACAACAGGAUCUUCACUCUGAAUCUGUCGGCCCCGUUCAUUAGCCAGUUCUUCAAGGAGUCCUUGAUGAAAGUCAUGCCUUAUGUUGACAUCCUCUUUGGAAAUGAGACGGAAGCUGCCACUUUUGCUAGAGAGCAAGGCUUUGAGACUAAAGACAUUAAAGAAGUAGCCAGAAAGGCACAGGCUCUUCCAAAGGUGAACUCCAAGAGGCAGCGGACCGUGAUCUUCACGCAAGGGAGAGAUGACACUAUCGUGGCUACAGAAAAUGACGUCACUGCUUUUGCUGUCUUGGAUCAAAACCAGAAAGAAAUCGUUGACACCAAUGGAGCCGGAGAUGCAUUUGUUGGAGGGUUUCUCUCUCAACUGGUCUAUGACAAGCCGCUGACCGAAUGCAUCCGCGCUGGCCACUAUGCAGCAAGUGUGAUCAUUAGGAGAACUGGCUGCACCUUUCCCGAGAAGCCAGACUUCCACUGAAGGGAGAAGGAAAACUCAGGCUGGGCGGUACAAGCUGCGCUGACCACGUCCUGAGCGUUCCUGCCUGGGAAAGAGUAACCUCCUCUGCUGUCUCUGCCAACCAUGAUUCUCGUUCAUUUAGAGGGCUCGGUACUGCUCCUUUAGUCUCCGAAAUCUGGGGGAAAAUGUUUCUUUCCAUAGUUUGUUAGUGCCUCUUAAAUGUCAAACAGGAACACAACAUUUCAAUAGAAACUUUUAUUUCAUUUUUGAUUGUUUGUAAAUUCAUCGGUAUUUAGUAAAUGGAUCAGUUUUUUUGGUUUUUUUUUUUUUU